GAGAAGAAGACAUGUGACCGGAAGCAAAUAACCUGAGCUGUCAUGGCCGCUCGCGUGCCUUGAAAAAUAAACUGCUAACAAGCAGAUACUGGCAACGUUGAUGUUUUGUGAAUUGUAGAACUGUUUCUGAGCAGCAGAACUUGUUGCGGAAACGUUACGGGAGGAAGUGGCAGCGUUCCAACAUGAGGACUGUUUUGAUGGUGGCGGAGAAGCCCUCCCUGGCUCAGUCCAUCUCCAAGAUCCUCUCUAAAGGAAGUUGUACAAGUCGCAAGGGGCUCAAUGGAGCAUGCUCAGUGCACGAAUACACCGGCAGCUUCCAGGGCCAGACGGCACGCUUUAAGAUGACUUCUGUUUGUGGACAUGUGAUGAGUCUGGAUUUCAUCGGAAAGUACAACAAUUGGGACAAGGUGGACCCUGCAGAACUCUUCAGCAAAGCUCCCACAGAAAAGAAGGAGGCCAACCCCAAACUAAACAUGGUCAAGUUCCUUCAGGUUGAAGGUAGAGGCUGUGACUACGUGGUUUUAUGGCUGGACUGUGAUAAAGAAGGCGAGAACAUCUGUUUUGAGGUACUGGAUGCCAUCCAGCCAGUGAUGAACAAGGGGAGUUCCAUGGAUCAGAGUGUUUACCGUGCCAAAUUCAGCUCCAUCACCGACACCGACAUCUGGAAUGCCAUGAACUGCCUCGGAGAGCCCAACCGCAACGAAGCACUGUCAGUGGAUGCUCGACAGGAGCUGGACCUGCGCAUCGGCUGUGCUUUCACCCGGUUCCAGACCAAGUAUUUUCAGGGUAAAUACGGUAAUCUAGACUCGUCCCUGAUCUCAUUUGGACCAUGCCAGACCCCCACACUUGGCUUCUGUGUGGAACGCCAUGACAAGAUCCAGUCCUUUAAACCGGAGACUUACUGGAUCAUCCAGGCCAAGGUGUUCAAAGGAAAGGACAACCCACUGAUGCUGGACUGGAACAGGGUGAGGGUCUUCGACAGGGACGUUGGCCAGAUGUUUGUCAAUCUGGCUAAGACGUCGAGGGAGGCCAAGGUGGAGUCAGUGAGUAAGAAAGAGAAGGCCAAGCAGAGACCCCAGGCCUUGAACACAGUGGAGAUGUUGAGAGUGGCCAGCUCUGCUUUAGGCAUGGGUCCCCAGCAUACCAUGCAGAUUGCAGAGCGACUGUAUACACAGGGCUACAUCAGCUACCCACGUACUGAGACGACCCACUACCCAGAGAACUUCGAUCUGAAAGGAACACUGAAGCAGCAGACCAACAAUCCCUUUUGGGCAGAAGAGGUGAAGGCUUUGCUUUCAACUGGACUGAACAGACCCAGGAAAGGAUCUGAUGCAGGAGACCAUCCACCCAUCACUCCGAUGCGUGCUGCCUCAGAGGGGGAACUGGGGAGUGAUGGGUGGCGGCUGUAUGAGUACAUCACACGGCAUUUCAUUGCCACAAUCAGUCAGGACUGCAAGUACCUACAGACCACAAUAGAAUUCAGCAUUGGCCCAGAGGCCUUCUCAUGUACCGGCAAAACCCUGAUCUCACCAGGUUUCACAACAGUGAUGCCUUGGCAGGGCAUCCCGCUAGAAGAGACCUUGCCAGAAUGUGAGCGUGGAGACACUUUCACAGUAGAUGAGAUCAAGCUGGUGGAAAAGCAGACCAGCCCCCCGGACUAUCUGACCGAGGCCGAACUCAUCACACUCAUGGAGAAACAUGGCGUUGGUACUGAUGCCAGCAUCCCUGUCCACAUCAACAACAUCUGCCAGAGGAACUAUGUCACAAUCGAGAAUGGACGAAAGUUGAAACCAACAAACUUGGGCAUUGUCCUGGUUCAUGGCUACUACAAGAUAGAUGCAGAGCUGGUUUUACCCACUAUACGCAGCGCAGUAGAGAAGCAACUGAACCUUAUUGCACUGGGUAAAGCCAACUUCCAACAGGUCCUUCAGCAUACACUAGAUAUCUUCAAGAGGAAGUUUCACUUCUUUGUGGAUUCUAUCACUGGCAUGGAUGAGUUGAUGGAGGUCUCCUUUUCCCCCAUUGCUGCCACAGGAAAGCCACUGUCCCGCUGUGGCAAGUGCCGCCGCUUCAUGAAGUACAUCCAGGCCAAGCCCAGCAGGCUCCACUGUUCCCACUGUGAUGAGACAUACAGUCUCCCACAGAAUGGAGCCAUCAAGCUGUACAAGGAGCUCCGCUGUCCACUGGAUGAGUUUGAGCUGGUGCUGUGGACCUCUGGGGCCCGGGGCAAGAGCUACCCGUUGUGCCCUUACUGCUACAGCAACCCGCCUUUCAGGGACAUGAAAAAAGGUAUGGGAUGUAAUGAAUGUACUCAUCCAUCCUGUCAGCACUCUCUCAACUCUUUGGGCAUUGGACAGUGUGUGGAGUGUGAUUCUGGGGUUUUGGUGCUGGAUCCCACCUCUGGACCAAAAUGGAGGAUGGCCUGUAAUAAAUGCAAUGUGGUGGUCCACUUCUUUGAACAUGCACAUAGAGUGCAGGUUGCUCAGGAGAGCUGUGACGCCUGUGACGCCUCUCUGGUCGCUGUUGACUUCAACAAGACUCGCACUCCGCUUCCUGCCGGUGAGACCCAACACACAGGCUGCGUUUUCUGCGAUUCAGUUUUCCAGGAUCUGGUGGAGCUCAAACAUGCCACCAUGAGGUACCGGGGUGGGGGUGCGAGAAGAGGACGAGGACGAGGCCGGGGACGCCGUGGUAAUCCCAAAAAACCUAAGGACAAAAUGGCUGCCUUGGCAGCUUACUUUGUAUAAUGUCAAGUGUUGUAUGUCCUAUUUGCUUGGCUCAGUAUGAAAGAGUACAUGCCAGUAAGUAGAGCUUUGUUUUCACUUGUGUUUAAUUACAAUCAAGUAAACUAUACAUAAAAAAAA